CACGUUUUAGUUAAUGAGGUAUUUGAAAAUUUUCAAUUAGCACACUUUGUAGGUUGCUCAAUUAUCCACGCUAUUAACUUGCAGAAUUAUCCUAUGAUAGACCACUGCUAUGACGUAGUUAUAGCAGGAGCGGGAGGCGCAGGAUUAAGGGCAGCCUUUGGUCUUGGUAAAAAAGGAUAUCGUGUAGCAGUAGUAUCAAAACUAUUCCCAAUUAGAUCACAUACCGUGGCAGCUCAGGGUGGCAUAAACGCCGCGUUCCCCGGAGAGAAGGACAAUUGGCUGUACCACAUGUAUGAUACAGUAAAGGGAUCUGACUGGUUGGGUGAUCAGGAUGCUAUUCAUCUACUCGCGAGGGAAGCACCUCGAGCGGUCUACGAACUCGAAAAUUACGGCUGUCCGUUUAGUCGUACGGAAGAGGGUAAGAUCUAUCAGCGUGCCUUCGGUGGCCAGUCGUUGAAAUUUGGCAAAGGCGGCCAGGCUAAGCGAACCUGCGCUGUCGCUGAUCGAACCGGCCAUUCGCUGCUUCACACUCUCUACGGUCAGAGCCUACGCUACGAUGUGCAUUAUUUCAUCGAGUAUUUCGCCCUCGACCUGCUCAUGCACGGCCGAUGCUGCAAAGGGAUCCUCGCCUGGGAAUUAGAGACUGGACUUUUGCACCGAUUUAGGGCUCAUCAUACAGUGAUCGCAACGGGUGGUGCCGGAAGAUGUUACUACUCUACUACCGCGGCACACGCCUGCACCGGUGACGGCAUGGCGAUCGCGUGUCGGGCGGGAUUACCGUUGCAGGACAUGGAGUUCAUUCAGUUUCACCCGACCGGCAUUUACGGUAGCGGCAUACUCAUAACCGAGGGUAGCCGAGGGGAAGGCGGCAAACUCGUCAAUUCCGCGGGAGAGUUCUUCAUGGAGAAGUACGCGCCCGUGGCUAAGGAUCUAGCCUCCCGCGACGUUGUGUCGAGAGCUGUGACUGUUGAAAUACUGGAAGGAAGGGGCGUCGGGGAAAAGAAAGAUCACAUUUAUCUGCAAUUAAAUCACCUGCCGGCCGAGCUGAUACACAAAAAACUACCCGGGAUCUCGCACCUCGCCUGGGUAUUCGCCGGAGUGGAUGUGACUAAGCAACCGAUCCCCGUGAUUCCCACGGUGCAUUAUAACAUGGGCGGUAUACCCACGAAUUGGCGUGCACAAGUAUUAACGCGAGAAAACGAAGAGGACAGACCGAUCGAAGGGCUCUGGGCAGCCGGCGAGACCGCGUGUGCAUCCGUUCACGGUGCUAAUCGCCUGGGCGCUAACAGUCUUCUGGAACUUGUGAUAUUCGGCAAAGCCAUCGCCGACCAGAUCGACUGUAUUGCUAGACCUGGCGAACGUCACGAAGAUUUAUCGUCGGACAUUGGCGAGCAGUCGAUUUGUCGCUUCGAUGCAACCCGUUAUGCGAAAGGUUGCGUUCCCGUUGUCGAGCUGCGCGAAGAGAUGCAACGCACGAUGCAGAGAUUCUGCGGGGUAUUCAGAACUUGUGAUAUUCUGCAGCGUGCAUGCCGGGAGAUGUCCCGUCUUUAUACCUGCGAUUUACCAGAUUUAUGCGUGCAAGAUCAGUCCCUCAUUUGGAACACCGAGCUCGCCGAGGCCUUGGAGCUACAAAACAUGAUGCUCGUCUGCAUGCACAUCGUAUACGCGGCCGAAAAUCGAAAGGAAUCGAGAGGCUCGCACUCCAGGGAAGACUACAAGGACAGAGUUGAUGAGUAUGACUACACAAAACCGCUUGAGGGGCAAAAGAAACGACCUUACACGGAACACUGGCGUAAACAUACGCUUACGUGGGCUCAGGAGGAUGGAACGAUUUUUAUCUCUUAUCGGCCUGUUAUCGAUACGACUCUAGACGAAACCGAGGCCCAGCAUGUGCCCCCUGCAAUUCGCACAUAUUGACCCAAGAAAUGAGUAACCGCCAACAAUCGAAUAAUUGAAAUGAAACGGGAACGACGCGAUUAUGAAUCCCAAUCGGCUGGCGCGUUAUCGUUAAUCCCACAUUUGAAAUCAGUUGCACGUAAUCCAGAAACUAGAUAUAGUUAAAUAUCGAAAAGAUGGCAACGAGAAAAUUGUCAAAAAACGUUGCUUCCUUAAAUAUUUUUAUUUCCGUUAUCUUGCGUAAGAUGUUUCGCACGCGAUACGCGUCAGUUGUUGACGUACUGUUCACUGAUAAAAAGUAAUUAAUGCUCAUAUCUAUUGCAACGAGGAAAGCGAAUCAAAACGGGCGUUGCGUUUCUUAAGCCAAUUUCAGAAAAACGCUCCCUCGGACAUUCGUUCGCCGGAGGCUGCGAUACAGAAAUUACGCAAGAAUAAAUGAUGAAACUUCGUAAUCGACUCCUUUUCUUUUGUUUUUGUGCGAAAAAGACAUCGAGCAUGUUUUAGCAACGUCACUACAUCCGCAACUUAGUUUCGUAAGAGAUAAAUCGUUAAUUAUACCUUCACCGAUAGCAUUACGACUUCAAGCUGAUAAAUCUCAAUAAAUUUUUUAUGGAAGAUAUAAA